GAUUUAUAGUUGUUUUCUCAUUAAAAAAUUAAGGGUCCUUAAGUUUUGAUUCUACAGAAAGAAACUUUAGGCCUAAAUUUGAUAUUGAAAGUUGAAACAGGGUGUUUAGAUUUCAUAGAGUUACAAGACUUUUACAAGGAUAGAAAUAGUUAUGGUAACUAAACUAACACAUUCGUCUUCUUCCCACUUCACGACCACUUCGUUCAUCAAAAUUAAGCUUACGCUAAAUAUUUAAAUAUCAUUAGAAAUGAAAGUUAAGGCAUUGCAAGAAAUUAUUACCUAUAAGAGAUGUUACGGACUUGGCGGGGGUGAUGUUCUUGAAGAUGAUCGUUGGAGCGAUUGGCUGCGAGUUGUGAUAGAAGUUAUUCUGUUGCUUCCGUAUACGCAAAUUGGGGUUAAAGGAAAGAGUAAACUAGAAUACGAAUUCUGA